AUGCAUGGGAAUGACGAAGGGGAGUGUGAGUAUGAGGAGGAGGAGGAGGAGGAGGAGGAGGAGGAGGAGGAGGAGGAGGAGGAGGAGGAGGAGGAGGAGGAGGAAGAGGAGGAAGAAGAAGAGAAAGAGGAGGAGGAAGAGGAGGAAGAAGAAGAGAAAGAGGAGGAGGAAGAGGAAGAGGAGGAGGAGGAGGAGGAGGAGGAGGAGGGAGGGAGAAGGGAGGACAACCGGGAGAAGGAGGCAGGUGCGAGGGGAGAACAGGGAGGAGGCAGGGCUGUGGGGCGGAGAGGGGGGCACGAGGCCGAGAUUUCACACCAGGGUGGCAGCAGCAGAGGCAGAGCGCAUGGGGCCAGGGCUGCGUUGGGGGAAGAGCGAGAUGGGCAUGGGCGUGCUGAUGUGCGUGCUGGUGGUGAUACUCAUGGCGUCACGAACCGAUGCCUUAGCAUAGGCAUGGAGGGCAGGGAGGGCGGGGAGGGCAGGGAAAGGAGGGAGAGGAGGGAGGGUAGGGAGGGCAGAGAGGGCAGGGAGGGAAGGGAGGCAAGGGAGGGCACUGAGGACAGGGAGGGCGAAAUGGACAUGGGGGGCAUGGAGGUGGAUGUGGGGGAGCUGCUGCUGUGGCUGCAUGCCAAUGGCGCCACUCCUGACCCACACACAUGGCCCUUCAAGGUGGUGGUGUGUCCGCUGCUGCAUCUGCCUCCUGGAUCCAGACAUGCAGGUCCCAGAGGCAGGCCUGACCUGGGUCUCGUGGCAUCUCGCCGCAUAGCACCAGGAGAGCUGCUCAUCUCAUCCAGUUUUCCCCCAUUUCUCUUUCUCGCCUCUUUCUCACCACGCCUGUGCUCAUUGCCUGCCAGGCCUGACCUGGGUCUCGUGGCAUCGCGCCACAUAGCGCCAGGAGAGCUGCUCUUCUGCAUGCCGCCCAAUCUGCAGAUCACUCCCGAUCGCAUCGCCCCCGCCUACUCGCUCCCUCACACCCACCCUUGCCCCUGCUCCUCUUGCUCCCCCUCACCCUUUCCUCCUACGCCCACUUCUGCCUCUAAUCCUGGAGGGAGUAACCCAGGGAGUGAGGGGAAGGGAGAUGAGAAGGGAGAGGAGAAGGGAGAGGGGAAGGGAGAGAGGAAGGAGGAGGAGCGGUGGGAGGAGGGACUUGGAGGCCUGAACAGACACUUAGAGCCUGGGAACCCUUUAUUCACUGACCGUGGCAGUGGUGGCAGUAGCAGUGGUGGCAGUGGAUGCAGCAGAGGGCAGGGGAGGGGCGUGGAGAGCACUAGAGAUGGUGGCGCUGCUGCUGUGUGCGUCUCGAGCACGGGCAUGGCAGCAUGGCUGCUGCGAGAGGUGUCCAAGGGCCACGCCUCCCCAUGGGCGCCGUACCUCGCCACGCUGCCCCCCCACGUGCCGCUGCCGUCCCUCUUCCCGCUCUCCACCAUCCAGCAGCUGCAGUGGCGCCCCACUGAAGCCAUGGGAUGGUUCGAGGUAGGGAGUGGUGGAGGGGAGGGAGGAGGGGAGAGCAGGGGGGGAGCAGGGGAGGAUAUGAAAGGGGAAGGAAAGGAGGGGAUGGAAAAAUGCGGCGUGAGGGAAACGGACAAAUGCGCACUGUCCCCUGCCCGCAUCAAGGUGACUUUUGAGUCGACUCAAAAGUCACCUCUUCUUCACACCAAGCGCACUGUCCCCUGCCCGCAUCAUCCCCCACAACUUCAUCAUUUCGGUGGCCGGCCCCUCCUCCUUCCCUCACACAUUUCUCAUGCUGCACUGCCAACCUCCAACCCAACCAGCCACCCCGAUGCUGCACCCCACCGCACCCCCCACCCACAGGCAGUGGCAUACCGGCACGCGUACGAGCAGGAGUACCGGCGGUGCGCUCCUGACUUCAUCGCCCAUGCACCCCUCUCCGCCUUCCUCUGGGCCAUGACCGUCAUCUCCUCUCGCACCUUCUCCUCCCCUUCCCCUCCCUCCUCGCCCUCCUCCGCCUCCGCUGACCCCUCCUCUUCCUCCUUGCCACCUUCAGCCGCAGCAGCAGCAGCAGCGCCAGCGCCAGCAGCAGCAGCAGCGUCAGCAGCGCCAGCAGCAGCGCCAGCAGCAGCAGCAGAGGCGUGUGAGGAGAACAGCUGGGGGGCGCUGCUGCCCCUGGCGGAUCUGAUGAACCACAGCGAGCACUACAACGGCACCUGGACUGUCAGUGCCAACGCCCUCCCUUUCCAUCCAUCCCUCCCUCCCUCAUUCCCUCCCUCCCUCCCUCCCUCCCUCCCUCCCUCCCUCCCUCCCUCCCUCUCUCCCCCCUCUCGUUCUCACCAUCACCCUCGCCAUACCCAAAACCCCACCGUCAUUGCUGCGCUGCGUGGGCCGUCAACCAAGCGCUGCCGCUUUCCCCCAACACCACAAUGCAAAUCCGCCCCCCGCCCCUCCUUCCCAUCCUCCCCAUCCUCACCUCCUUCCCUAUCUUCCCCAUCCUCUCCUCCUUCCCCAUCCUCCCCAUCCUCACCUCCUUCCCAUCCUCCCCAUCCUCUCCUCCUUCCCCAUCCUCCCCAUCCUCACCUCCUUCCCUAUCCUCCCCACGCUCCUCAUCCCUCCCUAUGCUCUCUAUUCUUCUCAAUCCGCCCAUUCUUGACUGCCAUCCCUCGUUCAGAGCUCCUCAUAUCGUUUGCCACUCUCGUUGUCCCUUCAUUCUUUCCCCAUUCUUCCACUCUCCUCAUCCCCACUGCCCCUCACUCUCUACCUUCCGCGGCCCUUGUCGCCACACCUCUCCUCGCAUCCCCCUCUCCUUGCAACUUCCCUCCUCCACCAUCCUCUCUCCCCAAGCUCUUCGUGUCUCAUAGAAAAGUAGCUUCGUGUCCCCCCCUUUUCCUCCUUUCCCAAUCCCCUCUCUUCCUCCCCACGCCCCCAUUCCCCCAAUCCCAGCGUGCCUCAUCAGGCCACUAUCUGUUCCACGCCAUUGCUCCCAUCGCCCCCAGUGCUGACCUCCUCACACACUACGGCUUCUUCGCGGAGCAUUAUUUCCCCGGGGAUUUUGGGGAGGAGGAUGGGGAGGUGGCGAGGGGGGUGGUGGGGGAGGUGGAGGAGAGUGUGAAGAGUGUGGGGAGGGUGGUGAGGGUGCUGAUUGGGACUGUGGAGGAUGGAGGUGGGGAGGGGGUGGGGGAGAGUGGGGAUGAGUGUGAGGGGAAGGGUGAGGGGGAGCGGGAGGGGAAGAUUGAUGGGGAGAUUGAGGGGGGAAUUGAAGGGGAGAGGGAGAAGGAGACUACUAGACGAAUUGAUGGGGGAAACGGUGGGUGUAGCGGUGGAGAGAGAAGGGAGAGGGUGACCAUUUGUGAGGGGGGCGUGGAUGGAGAAGAGGAGGAGUUGGUGCAGAUUGGUUGUGAUGGGGAGAGUGUGAUGGAGGGUGGUGGGAGUAGUGGUGGAGAGAAGGUGGAAAACAGAGAGUACAGCUUUGAGGCGGAGAGGGGGUAUGCGGUGUGGCCGCAUGGGCAUGUGGACCCUCGCAUCAUGGCCUCCUUUGCUGCUCUCUGGCACCUCUUUGUCUAUGGCCGCGAGCCCCGGCACCAUCCCAUAGCCUGUGCCAGCGUUCUCUACUGCUGGGGCAUCUCCCACCCGGCAUUGCACCCCCUGCGCCCCCGCCUCUCUCCCCGCCUGCUUGCAUGCCUGAAAGCUGCUCUGGAUGGCAUACACGCGCGUUGUUGUGCUGUUAUUGAAGGGUUUGGAAACCGGUUGGAGGAGGAUGAGGAGGAAUUGGCAGGCUUGUUGGAGAGAGAGAGGAGGGGGUUGACGAAGAGGGUGGGGAAGAGGAAGAAUGUGAGGAGGGUUGUGGAGGGAGGAGGAAGGGAGGGUCCCGGAGAAGGGGAGGACGGUCGGAGGGAGGAAAUUUGA